UUCUCGCUGCUGCUCGUUCUCUCCCUCGCCGAUACAUUUUCCCUCGCUCCCCACCUCCUCUUUCCCUCUCUCCAAUCUCCGAAGCGAAUGGCCGUCUGUCGGAUAGGUAUGACGGCCGUCGUCUCGGUGGCGGCGGCCCCGUCGACUUCCUCCCUCGCCAGCCGCCGGCCGUUCCUAUUCCGCACCGUUUCACCUCGCUGCCCCUCCCGCCGCACUCAGAAGCCGGUCGGCCGUCGCGCCAGUCUUCCCGUCUCCGCAUCCCUGGCGGCCUCCACAGACGAGGCCGCCACGGUCCCCCCUCCUGGAGAUUCUUCUGGUGGAAUUGAGAAUUUGGUGAUCAUUGGUUCUGGUCCAGCUGGAUAUACUGCAGCAAUCUAUGCUGCUCGUGCAAAUUUAAAGCCUGUUGUGUUUGAAGGUUAUCAAGUUGGUGGUGUUCCAGGAGGGCAGCUAAUGACUACUACAGAAGUUGAAAAUUUUCCUGGGUUUCCUGAUGGAAUAACUGGCCCUGAUUUGAUGGAUAGGAUACGACGGCAAGCUGAACGCUGGGGUGCUGAACUUUUUCAAGAAGAUGUUGAAUUUAUUGAUGUUCAGCAUAAUCCUUUUAUUGUCCACAGUAGUGAGCGCAAGGUAAAAUGUCAUAGUCUUAUUAUCGCAACAGGAGCCACUGCUAAAAGGCUUAGGUUGCCUCGUGAAGAUGAAUUUUGGAGUAGAGGAAUCAGCGCCUGCGCAAUAUGUGAUGGAGCAUCACCACUUUUCAAGGGGCAAGUUUUGGCUGUUGUUGGAGGUGGUGACACAGCUACUGAAGAAGCAUUAUACUUGACCAAAUAUGCACGACAUGUACACUUGCUUGUUCGAAGAAACCAACUACGGGCAUCUAAAGCAAUGCAAGACAGAGUACUCAACAAUCCGAAUAUCACAGUGCACUUCAAUACAGAAGCUGUGGAUGUUGUUAGCAAUAGCAGGGACCAGAUGUCAGGAGUUCUAGUAAAAAGAGUUGAUACAGGUGAAGAAUCAGUUCUUGAGUUAAAAGGUCUAUUUUACGGUAUAGGGCAUACUCCAAACAGCCACUUGUUGGAAGGUCAAAUUGAACUUGACAGUUCUGGAUAUAUCAUAGUCAAAGAAGGCACAUCAAAAACUUCAGUUGAAGGUGUCUUUGCUGCUGGUGAUGUACAGGAUCAUGAGUGGAGGCAAGCAGUAACUGCUGCUGGUUCUGGAUGUGUUGCUGCUUUAUCUGUUGAAAGAUAUCUAGUUGCGAACAAUCUGCUUGUGGAGUUCCAUCAGCCUGUAACUGAGGUGGUCAAGAAGGAAGUUACUGACAAGGAUGCACAAAUGGGUUUCGACAUAACGCUGACAAAGCACAAAGGGCAGUAUGCACUUCGGAAGUUGUAUCACGAAAGUCCAAGAUUGUUAUGCAUUCUAUAUACUGCACCAACAUGUGGUCCAUGUAGGACACUGAAACCGAUUUUAAGCAAGCAGGUGAUAGAUGAUUACAACCAAAAUGUGCACUUUGUUGAAAUUGAUAUUGAAGAAGACCCUGAAAUUGCAGAAGCAGCAGGAAUUAUGGGAACACCUUGUGUUCAAUUUUUCAAAAAUAAGGAAAUGCUCAGGACAUUAUCUGGCGUGAAGAUGAAGAAAGAAUACAGAGAAAUUAUCGAGGCAAACAAAUGAAAAAUAGAAAAUUUGAAGUUUUAGCUUUUAUUGUUUAACUUCUGUUCUGCUAUUUAAUAUACCAAUCCAAAAGCCCAUUUUUUUCAAUGUCUCUGGAACCUUAAAAUAUAUAUGUUUAGUGAUCACCAGGAAAUGGUUAGUGUAAAACUUGGAUAUCCCAUUUCUCACAGGCAAGUCUACUGCCAAUCCA